AUGUCGUUGACCGAGAACCCCACGAGGCCGAUUCGGUGUAAAUCCUCUCCGCUGCUCGCUGCUUGCUGCACGCUGCUCGUGAGCUGGGACGCCCAGCUUGCCAGCCUUUUGCGCGAGUCCGCAUUCAGCUUGUUGGUCCGCUCACUGAUUUCUCGGACCCCACAGAGAUCGACGGGCCGCUCCGGAUUCCUCGGGGAAAGGGAAUCUCCGGAACAUGCCGCGGAGACAGAAAUGGUCAAAAGAUCCAGUGGUCGACAUGCAGCAGCAGCCCAAGUCCAGCUGUCAGGUCAGUCCGUGCGCUCUGUGCGUAGGGUGGGCUCCUUUAUAAAGAAGAAUUCGUGA